AUAUUAAAGUACAUUUUAAAGAGGAAGGGAGUCAAUGCAUCUGUUACUGAUAAUAUUCCACAAACAUCCGCUUUACAACAAACAAACAAUCUUUUUCUCAGAGCAUCAAACUGAACAGAUGAUCAGAUAAGAAGAUGCUGACGGUUAUUAACAGAAUGAAACUAAGAUGUUUAUCUUCAGAUCUUCUCAGUAAAGAAAACAGAAUCUGGAUUUUAGUUUCUGACGAGACUCGAAGGAUCUGAAACAUAAAGUUGAAGCUGUUUAAGCAGCAACAUUAACAGAGUCUGUCUGUGUUUGUGUCUUCAGUCAUUGAAUGCAGCAGCAGCAGCAUGAAGGUUGUUGGUCGAGCAGGUGAGAACGUCACUCUGCCGUGUAAAUAUGACUUUAAGAAUAAAGGAGCGACGGAAGCUUGCUGGGGUCGAGGAGAAAUACCACUUUCAAAAUGCAACAACCAGAUCAUCUCCACAGACGGACAUAAAGUGAUAGAAUCAACCAGAGUUUCCAGCAGGUAUCAGUUACUGGGACGACUGGAGGAUGGAGAUGUUUCUCUGACGAUCCUGAACACCACAGAGGAAGAUGCUGGAUGGUACGGAUGCAGAGUGGAGAUACCUGGGUGGUUCAAUGAUGAAAAACAUCACAUCGAUCUGAUCAUUGAGAAAGAUCCAGCUCCUCAGUCGACAACGUCAACAACAACAAACGAAGAGACGAGUACAGAACAGACGACAGACACUUACGCAACAAGUCAUGUGACUCCUACAGAGAGCGUCUCAACUUCACCCCCGGACAGCGCCGAGGCCAAGCUGCUGAUGACUCAGCAGGUGUUGAAACAACAUGAACCAAAAGUCUAG